CUCCUGCGCUGCCCAUGUGCUCCAGCCUGCGCCCGGGCGCCGCCGCCGCUGCUGGCUGGGACUAGCCGCCUCCUCCCCCGGUGGAUGCCGCCGGGGAGCGGGCGGAGCGCGCAGCCGGGGAGGGGGGCUGCCGCGGCCGCCGGAGCCGGAGUGCCUGGCAGUGCCCUCUGCGCUCAUCAGCAUGCUUUACUUCCAGAUGGUGAUCAUGGCAGGGACCGUGAUGCUGGCUUAUUACUUCGAGUACACGGACACCUUCACGGUCAACGUGCAGGGCUUCUUCUGCUACGAGGGCUCCUACCGCAAGCCCUACCCGGGUCCGGAGGACAGCAGCGCCGUGCCCCCGGCGCUCCUCUACGCGCUGGCCGCAGGGGUCCCGGUGCUGGUGAUAAUCAUUGGAGAAACUGCAGUGUUUUGUCUACAGCUAGCUACAAGGGAUUUUGAAAACCAAGAAAAAACCAUAUUAACUGGAGACUGUUGUUAUAUAAAUCCACUGGUGCGCAGAACCAUCCGAUUCCUUGGAAUCUAUGCAUUUGGACUGUUUGCUACAGAUAUCUUUGUAAAUGCUGGACAAGUAGUAACAGGGAAUCUUGCACCACAUUUUCUUGCACUUUGUAAACCCAACUAUACAGCACUUGGAUGUCAACAGUUCACACAGUUCAUCAGUGGUGCACAUGCCUGUACUGGAAACCCAGAUCUUAUUAUGAGAGCCAGAAAAACAUUUCCAUCCAAAGAAGCAGCUCUUAGUGUAUAUGCAGCUACGUAUCUGACUAUGUAUAUUACCAACACAAUAAAAGCCAGAGGAACAAGGCUUGCAAAACCUGUUCUGUGCUUAGGCUUAAUAUGUUUGGCAUUUCUUACUGGUAUCAACAGAGUAGCCGAGUAUCGAAAUCACUGGUCAGAUGUGAUAGCAGGAUUUAUAAUUGGAAUAUCAAUAGCAGUGUUUUUGGUUGUAUGUGUGGUAAAUAAUUUUAGAGGAAGACAACCAGAACAUGAAAAUUCUCAUAUGGAUAAUCUGGCCCAGAUGCCAAUGAUCAGCAUCCCACGAGUAGAAAGUCCUUUAGAAAAGGUAUUACAGAAUCCAGAUAUUGAUAACAAUCAAGAAGACCCUUUACAACAAAACUCCUUCAAAGCACACCUCGUUAGGUUCUUCUCCUGGAUAACACGAAUGAACCGUUUCGAACAUCUUCACAUAAGGCAAUAAACAACCACAUCACGGCCUUUGCAGAAGUCACAUGAUGAUGAAGCUGCUGUGUAUUCACUACACUGGACAUCAUCUCUUUUCACAGUCCACUCAUAAUAACUGAAGUGUGUUGAAAAUAAGAGAGUAAAAAUUGUCUGAUUUAUAACUUGAUUUUUACAACAUUAAAACUACAUCAACAUUUGAAAACUGCUUC